ACAGAGACGGAGUCGUACCUGCACAAGUGUCAGAUUGGUUUUUUGUCCACACUGAUCCGGUGUUUUCAGUCACCAUAACCGAUACAAACUGGGUACCAGAUUGAAUACAUUUGAAAACUGAAUUUGCUGUCCAUGCAGAUGCAGUGAUAUAGCGUUUCCAAAUGUUGGGACCCAAAACUCUCUGUGAAAGUCACCACUUCACAGUGAUACUGGCUCACCACAGGUUGAUGCCCGUUCAGCAACAAAUGUUCUUGUUGUUAAUGUUACUGAUGUGGAUGGACCAUGAAGCGGGUGACACCACAGGUGACAGGUGUCAAGCCAGUCCUCAAAGGGCCGCGAAGGGCCUGCACCCACUGUGGCGCUUUUGCGGGUCAGUUUGACGCCCUUGCCAUGGGUGGUAAAAACACUUGAGAGAUGAGAAACGCACGUCCCCGGUCACUCUCUCCUUUCUGCUCUCAGGACUUGUGGUUCAGUGUAGACUCGUACUAAAAGCUGAACCGCAUCAUCAGUACACACUGGCAUCUCUUAGCGCAAUCAAUGUAUUGUGCUUCCUAAUUUUAGCAUCUUCCGUAUUUGUUGCCAGGGCACAACAGCGCCACUACAGUCCGCUCAUGUGUACUGCAUCAUUUUCAAUGGUUGCAGCGGAUCCGGCUCUUAUGUGCAGCGCUGUAUGGAUGUGAAUUUUAUUUAAUUUUUUUCUUGAUUUGACUUUGUUUGUAAAUGCUCCUUUUCAUAUCUUCAUAUUCAAACCUAAAGACUAACUCUUUGCUUGUAUUCACAGUGCUGACGACUGUUGUUUUACAGCCCUUUAUUGCUCAGGUGUUCAUGGCUUUAUUGUGGGUGAGCCGAGAGUCAACACUAUCAGGGUGGCGGUGCCUGGCACCGAGGUGUUUAUGUAAUCAGAUACACUCAUCACAUGAAUGUGUUCAGCUUCAGUACAGGCGCGGGUUUGGAUUUUAAAAAAUUAAAUUCAACAAAGAUCAGCAGAUGAAUUCAUAAUUACGAUAGCACAGAGCUUGUCCAGCACAGUAUCAUCUACACUGUGGCUUGAGUUCAACCUCGAGUCUUCAGGAAUGGCAACAUGAUCAGCGUGGUGUUAAAAUGUUACAGCACCAGACAGAGGGAGGAGGCAGUUUGCCUUUAUUCAAGUUGGCAGGAUAGUCAUAGAUCAGACUGGAGCAGUAAACUGUCUUAUGAGAGCAACUCUGUGCACUUUGCUUGAGCUCAGUGCUCUUACAGUGAGCAAUAUACCAUCAUUCAAUAAGAUGAGUCAGCCAUGUGAUGCUCCCCUCUACAGUCACAGAUUUUUUUUAAAUCUUAGUAGCACUGCAGAAAAGGUCAGAAAACCUGAGGAAAUUCGACAUUACCAAUGCUUGGCACUGAAUUUCAUUGAUCUGUUUAUUGUAGCGGCUAUCCUGCUGUUACCUCCAACCCCCGGUGCACUCUGGCAAAGCUAAACAGAACCAGAAUCAGGGUGUGAAACCACCCAUUCACUGGAGUUUUUUGUCAUGCUAACAUUAGUGACAUAUUAUGUGCGUAAGAGUCAAAGUCCACUGUGUAUUGAUUAGCACCUUAAUAUUUAAUGAAGAGAUCAAUCUCCUCCGCUGUGUUUUUCCAGGAGUGUUCUGCUGCCUCAACACCGCGUCACGCUGAACGUUCAGCUGUCACCACCAUCAUAGAAAUCUGGGAGGCCUUUACAAAUGGCGGAAUGGGUGAUGCCCGUGCGUUGCGAAUGUCCUGUCAGUCAUUGAACUUUGAACGCCCGACAGACUUCGGCCAGAUCCUGCUGUCGGACAACAUGAGACAGCUCAACUUAUCUCCACCACAUUUCAGGGUGCUGUUGCUGGGAGAGACUGUAAACCUCCAAGUGAUAGGCUGCGUUUGAUACCACGAAUGUGUGCGCCCUCCACCUGCUCUUGGACUGGGAUGAUAAGAAGUUGUUUGCUGAAGAGUGCUGCGAGAGUGCGAUCUCUCCGAUACUGGCAGGGAUCACAUAGAUUUAUUAGUAUGUUUAUGAUAUUGCUAGCACGUUGCCCUCAGCUAUAAAAAAAAUGCAGCAAGCUGGGUUAGAAGUAUCAUUCCAUUGAGACAGAAUUUGUGAAAAAAACAUUACCUGAGACGACGUUACAUUCACACUACGAUUAUCAAAGUGACUCUCUACCCUGUGGAGUCCUCCUCUAUCUAACAUUUUCAUCUGUGGACAUUAUGCUAGUUCCCUGAUAACCGUGGCUUCUCCUUCUUGUCAAUUAGAAAUUACGUUGCAUCAUUUAGUAACGUUUAGUCUGAGUGAAUACGUGGCCAUUGCAUGUGUAGGAGGAACUUGUAGGAGGAACUUUAUCCCUGUGGCCACCGACCCACCCGCGCACACAAACACACACUGAUGACAAAAAUGAGGUCAUAAAAGGGCUGAUUAUCGGCCACUCGUUCUUAUCUGCUCCGGCUCUACCUUUAUACCCUCCACACCCAGGGAGUGCAAAUAUAUUUAUACUUAAGCCAAUGCUGGUCGCAGUCAAACAUCCCCGCGUGUCAUCCUACUGAAAGGACCUCUUUUUUUGACACAUCCCAUCUACAUCUUCUUUCUUUGGAAGCCUUUCCUCAACCAACCGGCAUCAUGUGCACUGGAGCGUGCUCGAAAUUCAUCGCAAUCCCACUCUAUGUGUUGGCACUGGUGUCCAUCAUCUGCAACAUCAUGCUGUUCUUCCCAGACUUUCAAACUCAAUACGCUACCAUGGACAGAAAAGGUGAUCACAGGAUCACUGAAGAGGUGAAAUACAUGGGAGGUGUGAUCGGUGGAGGAAUCAUGAUUCUGAUUCCUGCCAUUCACAUCCAUUUGACCAGUGCCAAGAAUUGCUGCGCUAACCGCUGUGGGAUGUUCCUGUCUAUUGGUUUUGCAGCAAUUGGAGUGGUGGGUGCUCUGUACAGUCUGGGUGUGGCUGGUGCGGGACUGGCAAGGGGACCACUGUGCAGCUGGAGACCAAACCCUGCUGGUUCACUUGUAUGGAGCACCCCAUUUGAGAACAGUGAGGGGGAUUACCUGACCAACAAGCCAAUGUGGAAAAUCUGUAUUGAGCCAGAAAAUGUGGUGGAGUUCAACAUCGGGCUUUUCUCCACCCUGGUGAUUGCUGCCAGUAUCCAGCUGAUACUCUGCGCCAUUCAGAUGAUCAAUGGGCUGUUUGGCUGCCUCUGCGGGACCUGUUCAGGCAAAUAGACAGCAAGUGCACGCACCACGACCACGACCACUCAGAGGACACCUCACCUGCUUCACCGUAUUUAUUAACACAUACACUGCAGCAACAACAUCAAAUGGGCUCGCCGCUUUCCGUGUCGCCAAGAAAAUGUGUUUCAAGAAUUUCUUUUUGUGAUUAGUAGGCCUUUGAUAUUAUAAUAUCAACAGGCUCACAGAGUGUUUUUGUGCUUAUGUUUGUUUUUUAAUAAA